AACCAAAGUUCCAAAAGUCCAAAUCGUGUUUACUCCAUCAAGAAUUCAAGAGAAAAUUCUGCUUUGGUCCUCUUUUUCGGCGUAAUAUACUUGAAGCAAGAAGCAUGGCAGCCAUGGAAGCAAUUCACCAGCAGGAGGAGUUAUGGAAGCAGGUCUUCCUUGUUUGGACAACAGAGGGUGAGCUUGAAUUGCUUUCUGAAUACAGAUGGAGUUUCUCAAAUCUUGAUGUGCAUUUAAAGAGGGUGGCGUAUUACAUGGGAAGACAGUCUACCUCUUCACUUCUACAGAGCGUUUUGGUGAUGGGUGAUGGGUGGAAAUUAACCGACAUACCUGCAUCUUUUGCAGCACAAUUGCUCCGUUUUGGUGAUGGGUGGAAAUUAACCGACAUACCUGCAGUCAUUGCAGUUGUAUCUCCAUUUCCACCUUCUGAUAAGAUUGGAAUUGCGCUCUAUACAAAUGGGGUAUGA